CUAUAGCAGAGGCGAUGCUUCGAAAAAGCGAUAGCAUGCUGAGAAAGCUGACAGAGAGAGAGAGAGACACAGAGAGAGAGGGACAGAGACCGUCAACUGUGAUCGUCUACUUUUUCGUAGGGCGAUUCUUUGUGCCGCCUUCGCGUCGUUUCCGUUUGUGCCGGAACUAAGUAGCUUCCCGAUUGUAUAUUUCCUGCACAGGUCUUCGUGUUUCGACCCACCGCUGAAGCAGCCCAGAAUUUCGUUUCGGGAAAUUAUGCCACAUUCAUCUGCUUCUGCUACAAGAGACUUUUCUUCGCUAACGAUGUUCUCGACCCCAGGUAGUUGAUUGUAGAAUAGUGUGGAUCCCACUUCGACAACGAACAGGAACACCGACCUUAACAAGCACACAGAGACAGGAUGGGUCCCCCCAUCUUCGCAGAAAUGGCCUGGCCCGACAAGAAGGAGUUCGACUGGGCGCGGGCAACCUUCAACAAAAGCAAGCCCCUGUAUUCGCGGCAAAGCAGGAGUCGAAAUUAGAGUUGUGCUGUUUGUCACGUGCACAGGACCGCACGGCAUAUAGAUGCACGAUUGAAAAAUCUUUUUGCAAUUCUUGUUGCCAUGUAUCUAUGAGUGGUGUCUCAUUUGAUUUGGAACAAGUUGCAUUUCAAACUCGGAAAAGUAGGAUUACGUUUCGUUCUUGGACUCAUGACUCUGCAUGCAUAUCUUACCACCCCCGCCGGCGGCAGUGCCGAAUCACGAGAAGAAGUUCAUGGUUGACGGCGAGCUCGUUCCGGUACGUGUAUCAUUAGACCCUCUUCUGUUGCUACUACCGUAUGACUAAGUACUUAUGUAUGAACUGAAGAUUAUGCCGGAAGUUUCUCGGCAGUAGUAAGCGUAAGGCACGUUUGAACUUCUACGUUGUUUUUCCUUCGAUUGAUUCAGGUUCCGGAGAUCCGCGACAAGUUGUUCACGUCGGCGGCGACUAAAAAAGCGAAACCCAUUGCGCUCUCCAACGGGGGAUUCGGAUUUAUCAAGUGAUGGAGGGGCAGUGGCAGAAAAUCCUCCUCUCUCCGUGCUGUCAAGGAAAAUGUUGUUUCACUAGAAGAAAGACGAGCACAGAAGGGAACGGGUUCGUCAUUUCGACGUACAUGGCGGACCUGUAGGAUAAUGUUCAUCCAAGUCAAACAGUUCGUCUUCGUGGAUAAUGAAAAGUCUAAUAUACCAUUGAGCGAUGAGCUACCGCGACAAAAAUGAAAGAUUUGCACACCAUUACGAAACUCUCACACCAACUGAAUGUAAAUUGAGCACACCUGGCAAUGUCUACUAAUUUCAAUGCUCUGAGCCCUGAAAAGAGUACCCGCACGGUGGCGUAAACUUCCGUCGACUUCAGAUUUUCCGUAGGUACUUGUGCCACCUUGAGCCGC